AUGGCCAACCGUGAUGCGGGAGACAUAUCGUCCACACACCCCUACUACCCCCUGGGUAUCCUCAUCCCCCACUACGCCGCGAACGAGACGCCCCUCCCUCAAGUCCUGGUCCCCUUUGUCGCCGUCCUGCUUCUGCCUAUACCGAUCGCUUUUGUGACAUCGCGACUGAUCAAGCCUUCCCUCGGAGGCCUCGACCGCUUCGCCGUGUGCUGGUUUGCCCUCGGCGCCUUUUUGCAUUGCUGCUUUGAAGGCUACUUUGUCUGGAACCAUGCGACGUUGGCAGGUCUCCAGUCGCUCUUCGCCCAGGCGUGGAAGGAAUACGCCCUCUCCGACUCACGCUACCUGACGUCCGACCCGUUUAUGGUUUGCGUCGAGGCUCUCACCGUUAUCAUCUGGGGCCCCAUCUCCCUCUCCGUCACAUUCGCCAUUCUCUCGGGCAGCCGCCUCCGCCACCCGCUGCAGCUCGUCAUAUGCGUGGGCCACCUGUACGGCGUAGCGCUGUACUACUCCACGAGCCUCGCGGAGCGGGCCCUAGUCGGGACGAUGCACAGCCGGCCGGAGGUGCUGUAUUUCUGGGUCUACUAUGUCGGGUUCAACGCGCCUUGGGUUGUUGUGCCGCUCAUCCUCCUCGUACAAAGCCUCAGAGCUACGAGCAGGGCGUUCCAGGCAUUGGAGGAGAAGGAGACGGCCGAGGCUGCGCUCGCGAGCCGCCGGAAAGGCGAUGCUGCCGUCUCGGAGGGGAAGAAGACUCGGUGA